AUGUCUGGACCUCAAGCGCACGGCAGCGGUCCUCACCAUGGCAAUGGCCACGGGCACGACGAUGGCCACGGUCACCACCAUGGCAACGGUCAUCACCAUCACAACGGCAACAGCCACGGAAACGGUCCGUGCCAAUGGGAAUCCCUCGGCGGCACCCUGACUUCUCCGCCCUCGGCCGUCUCAUGGGGUCCCAACCGGCUCGACAUCUUCGCCAUCGGCACCGACUCGGCAUGCUGGCACAGAGCGUGGACCGGCACCUCCUGGAGCGGCUGGGAGUCCCUCGGCGGCGUGCUGAUCAGCACGCCCGCGGCCGUGAGCUGGGGCCCGAACCGCAUCGACCUCUUCACGCAGGGCACCGACUCGGCAAUUUGGCACAACUGGUGGAGCGGCAGCGCCUGGGGCGGGUGGGAGUCGCUGGGGGGCGUGCUGCAGUCGGCUCCGACAGCUGUGUCUUGGGGACCGAACCGGCUGGACGUGUUCGCCGUCGGCACGGACUCGGCCGUCUGGCACAAAUGGUGGGACGGCAGCGCCUGGGGCGGUUGGGAGUCGCUGGGCGGCGUGCUGCACGCGAAGCAGGGCGUGUCGGCCGUGUCGUGGGGCGCCAGCCGGCUGGACCUCUUCGCGGUCGGCACCGACCACGGGCUGUGGCAUAACUGGUGGGGCGGGAGCAGCUGGGGCGGGUGGGAGUCGCUCGGCGGCACGUUGCAGUCGGCACCCGUGGCGGUCUCGUGGGGCAGCAACCGGCUGGAUGUGUUUGCGCUGCGGACGGACCAUGCGCUCGGGCAUCGGUGGUGGGAUGGGAGGAGCUGGGGCGGCUGGGAGUCCUUGGGCGGGCCUGGCGGCGCGCUGGAGUCGACUCCGGCGGCCGUGUCGAGUGCGGCCAAUCUGUUGGAUGUCUACGCCGUUGGGCCGAGCAGCGCGGUGUAUCACUUGGCAUGGAACGGGAGCACGUGGAGUACAUGGCAGUCGAUUGGGGGCGCGUUUGUCCGGCAGCCCGUUGCAGUGAGCUGGGGUCCCGGUCGGAUCGACGCCUUCGCCGCAGGAACUGACUGGGCCCUCUGGCACAAAUGGUGA